AUCAUUUCGAUGUGCGAGUGCCGCGGCAGAUUUACACUGAAGGCUUGGAGCUGAAGCAUUUGCCACUGGCCGAGACCACCACGUCCACCACCUUCCCGAUUGACAUUACCAAGACAGCAAGACGAGGGUUCAGGCUGUUCAAUUCCACCGUGAACCACUGUUCUCCUCCCGUCCUUCGCGUUUCGAGUCGCCGCCGAGAUCGUACGCACGUGGGCACGGCGAAGGCCUUCUCGGCCUCUACAAGGGCGUUUCUCGGUUUCUGCCUUUCUGGUCAUUGCUCAGUUGUAAGAAGGAAGGUCGAGGACUACCCUUUGGUUGACAGAUUGAUCUGUCUUAUGUUGACUCGUCCUGUUUCUACAACAACUACGGAGAGGGCAUUUUCAGAGGGUUUAAGUUAGUUGAUGCUUUAAGGACUACUUUGUUGUUAUCCCUUUUAGUCAGAAAUGGGUUCUACUUUGUGCUCAUCACCUUCUGAGAUCACUUUUCAAUUCUCUUUGAGUUUGAGAAGCAACAUGAAUUUGCUAGGCUCCAAACCUAUUAUGAAGGUUGGUAACUUCGUUAAAAAGGACAAUUUUCAAGUCCUUAAUCAUGCUGCUAGAAAAGUGGUGAUAUCUAGCCAUUUGGUGCCUGAACACUUGGAAGGAUUUUAUACGGGAAAGAAGCGGCUGGUGGAGCCAAGUCAAAAGUUGGAAUUCGUGCGGACUUUGUUGAUUGACAACUAUGACAGUUACACGUACAAUAUAUACCAGGAGUUGUCUAUCAUUAACGGGUUGCCUCCGGUGGUUGUGCGGAAUGAUGAGUGGACAUGGAAAGACAUUUGUCAUUACUUGUAUGAAGAAAAUGCAUUCGAUAAUAUUGUUAUAUCACCAGGCCCUGGUUCUCCAACGUGCCCAGAUGAUAUAGGAAUAUGCCUUAGGCUGCUGCUUGAGUGCAGUGACAUCCCUAUUUUGGGUGUUUGCCUUGGACACCAGGCUUUAGGAUAUGUGCAUGGUGCUCACGUUGUUCAUGCAUCUGAACCAGUCCAUGGGCGACUGAGUGAAAUUGAGCACAGUGGAUGUAGACUGUUUCAUGAUGUUCCUUCUGGCAGAAAUUCUGGAUUUAAGGUGGUUCGAUACCAUUCCCUCGUAAUAGAUGCGGAAACUCUUCCGAAGGAACUCAUACCCAUAGCAUGGACCUCUUCUGCUGAUACACUUUCCCUCCUUGACUCCCAAAAGUCUGAUGUUGUCCCUGAUGCCUAUGAGAAUCAGCUUUGCCAACAAAUCUCUGUUGAUUCUUCCUCAAGGAAGUUCAGAAACGGAGGUUCAUGUUGUUCCAUCGACUCUAAAGGUAUGCUGACUGGAAAGGUUCUCAUGGGCAUCAGGCACUCUACAAGGCCUCAUUAUGGUUUACAGUUUCAUCCGGAGAGUGUUGGGACCUGUCAUGGGAGGAAAAUAUUCAGUAACUUUAGAGAUAUCACUGAGGAUUAUUGGCUCAAUUUGAGAUCAUCCUCCAAUAGUGAGAGAAAGGUUCAUUGUUGUGCAUCCACACAGGUGCCUCAUAGACGUCGGCUGUUCAGAGAUUUUCCAGGAGGUAGGCAGUUAGUGAAUGGUUUGAAUGAUAGGAGUCACUUCAGCAUGUGUGAUAUGCUAGAUCUAUCACGUCAGAAAAAUUGUGUCAAAUUUCUGAAUUUGAAAUGGAGGAAACUAGAACGCUUGGCUAGUCAAGUUGGUGGGGCAAGAAAUAUAUUCUGUAAACUGUUUGGAGACCGUAAGCCUGAGAACACCUUUUGGUUGGACAGUUCCUCAAUAGAAAAGAGAAGGGCACGCUUUUCAUUUAUGGGAGGUAAAGGUGGAUCCCUUUGGAAGCAAGUCACGUUUAGAUUGUCAGAUGAAAGUGAUGUGACAUUUAAAGGUGGGGGUUAUCUAUUAAUUGAAGAUGCUCAGGGCACUACCAGAAGCACAUGUUUGGAAGAUGGGUUUUUUGAUUUUUUGAGCAAGGAGCUCCAGUCAUUUUGUUACGACGAAAAAGAUUAUGAAGGGCUGCCAUUUGAUUUUUAUGGUGGAUAUAUUGGUUACAUAGGGUAUGGCCUUAAAGUUGAAUGUGGUGUGGCAGAUAAUCGUCACAAAUCAAGGACACCGGAUGCUUCUUUUUUCUUUUCAGAUAAUUUUGUUGUGAUAGAUCAUCAAUUUAAUGAUGUUUAUAUUAUGUCGGUGCAUGAUCAAAGCACCACUGGGACAGAAUGGCUGGAUGAUGUAGAGCAGAAGCUUCUCCGAUUAAAUGCUUCUGCCACAAAAACUUCAAUUCCUCGUACAUCACAGCCUGCUGUAGAUGUCCCGUCUAAAGCAGGCUUUCUAGUUGAGAAAUCUAGAGACCAGUACAUGAAUGACGUUGAGACGUGCCAGAAGUUCAUCAAAGAUGGAGAAAGCUAUGAGUUGUGUCUUACAACUCAAUUGAGAAGGAGAAUUGGGGAGAUGGAUACUCUGGGACUCUACCUUAACCUUAGAGAAAAGAAUCCGGCACCAUAUGCUGCCUGGCUUAAUUUUUCAAAGGAAGACCUGUGCAUCUGUUGCUCUUCACCUGAGAGAUUCCUACGAUUGGAUAGAAAUGGUAUUUUGGAAGCAAAACCCAUCAAGGGCACCGUCGCUCGUGGUUCUACGCCAGAGGAAGAUGAGCUGCUCAAAUUGCAGUUACAAUACAGUGAAAAGGAUCAGGCUGAAAAUUUGAUGAUUGUUGACCUUCUAAGGAACGAUCUUGGUCGUGUCUGUGAGCCUGGGUCUGUCCACGUGCCCCAUCUCAUGGAAAUAGAAUCAUAUGCAACUGUUCACACCAUGGUGAGCACAAUCCGUGGUAAAAAGAGAUCAAGUUUAAGUGCUGUUGAUUGUGUCAGAGCAGCAUUCCCAGGUGGAUCGAUGACAGGUGCACCAAAGAUGAGAUCAAUGGAACUUCUUGAUUCUCUUGAAAGUUGUCCGAGAGGCAUCUACUCUGGCUGCAUUGGAUUUUUCUCAUAUAACCAAACAUUUGAUCUUAAUAUUGUGAUCAGAACCAUUGUUAUACAUGAAGGCGAAGCUUCCAUUGGGGCAGGAGGUGCUAUUGUAGCUCUUUCGAAUCCUGAAGAUGAGUACAAAGAAAUGAUUCUGAAAACACAAGCCCCUGUUAAUGCUGUUAUGGAAUAUCAGAGUGGGUCAAUAUCAAUAUAAUAGAGCUCACUUGGUCAUUCACUUUUAUUUGUAACAUUAUGUGUUGUAAUUCUAUUUUCUAUACCCAUUUUACUUGAGAUUAAUUGUAACGAUACAAUUCCAAAUAGGCCUGCAGAAGCUGCAGCAAUGUUCUAUUUCUAGACACCUUACAGUUAUUUGUUUGACUUUUUAUUUUUAUUUUACAGUAUUCAUGAUUUAUGUCAAGACAAUAAAGGUACGAUUGGUUUUGUA